AAUCGGUCAUUCCCGAUUUGCAACACUACAUAAUUUUCAAAAAGUUGGCUGAAAGUGGCAUCUCCGCGGAGGUAGCCAUUUUUCUUUCUUUUCUCAACUUCACGACCGCGUGGACGUCGAUACGUAAAAGGGGACUACACCAGGCAAAAUGACCAACUCGAAAGGUUACCGCCGCGGCACUCGAGAUAUGUUCUCCCGCCCCUUCCGCAAGCAUGGUGUCAUUCCACUGUCCACUUACAUGCGUGUCUUUAAGAUCGGUGACAUCGUGGACAUUAAGGGACAUGGGGCCGUACAGAAAGGUCUCCCCUACAAGGCGUACCACGGCAAGACUGGUCGGAUUUUCAACGUUACGCAGCACGCCGUUGGUGUAAUUGUAAACAAACGAGUUCGCGGUAAGAUUCUCGCCAAGCGGGUCAAUGUGCGCAUCGAGCACAUCCACCACUCCAAAUGCCGCGAGGAUUUCCUGCGUCGCGUGAAGGAGAACGAGCGCCUGCUGAAGGAGGCCAAGGAGAAGGGGCAAUGGGUUAGCCUAAAGCGCCAGCCCGAGCAGCCGAAGAAGGCGCACUUCGUCAAGAAGCUGGAGGAGCCAAUCGCUCUUGCUCCAAUUCCAUACGAGUUCAUUGCCUAAGCUAAGUUUCUUUGGCUUUCAAAUUCUGUAGUGUGGUUGAUUCAGCUAUAAAAGAAUUGGUAAACAACAA